GUUCUCUGCUCCAUCCCUAGUCUCUGCCCCUGUGCUCUGUCUCCUCCACACAGUAACGUCUCACCCAUCACUCCGGCGGCACAGCUACUCUGCAGCGUACAGUGACACCAUACAGGCGGAGGAUAAGAAGCGCUGCACAUAGAACAUGGCGAGUGAGCAGAACGGUGCAGUGACUGGCAUGGCUGAUGGCCAGGAGGAUGUUACAGCGACCAUCACAGACCCCAAUGGCAAGAGCAAGAAGAAAGGAGUUUUCUCGAAAUCAGAAGAUAAAGAGAAAUCAGAGAAACCCAAGUUAGUGAGUCCUUUCACCAUGUUCCGCUACGCUGGAGGCGUGGACAUACUGCUUAUGCUGAUUGGGACAGUGGCAGCAAUAGCGCACGGGGCGUGCCUCCCGCUCAUGAUGCUGGUGUUUGGCGAAAUGACGGACAGCUUUGUUGACUCUGAGAAAAAUGACACACUGGAACGUACAACAAAUACAUCCUUUGAUCUAGAGGAACAAAUGACCAUGCAUGCCUAUUAUUACGCGGGUCUAGGAUUUGGAGUGCUUCUUGCUGCUUAUAUAGAGAUCGCAUGUUGGACACUGGCAGGUGGCCGGCAGAUAAAGAAAAUAAGAAAUAAUUUUUUCCAUGCGGUGCUGAGGCAGGAAAUCGGCUGGUUUGAUGUCAAUGAUGCAGGAGAGCUGAACACGAGGCUGACAAGCGAUGUGCAAAAAAUUAAUGAAGGAAUCGGCUCAAAGAUUGCCCUGUUGAUUCAGUCAAUAUCUACUUUACUGACCAGCCUUAUUAUUGGCUUCGCUAAAGGCUGGAAGUUGACGUUGGUUAUUUUGUCAAUUAGUCCACUCAUGGCGCUGUCGACUGCUCUUUGGGCGAAGAUAUUGACAGCGUUCACUAACAAGGAGAUGACAGCUUACGCCAAAGCUGGAGCAGUGGCUGUGGAGGUUCUCGUCGCUGUUCGGACUGUCAUUGCCUUUGGUGGACAAGAUAAAGAGAUCCAAAGGUAUGAAAAGAAUUUAGAAGAAGCCAAAAAGAUAGGGAUCAAGAAGGCCAUCACAGCUAACGUGUCUAUUGGAUUUGUUUACUUAUUAAUGUACGCCUCCUACGCAUUGGCAUUCUGGUAUGGUACCAGUCUGAUUCUAGCUAAAGAGUUGUCUAUCGGAAAUGUGCUCACAGUGUUCUUUGCUGUGAUUUUUGGUACAUUUACUAUCGGACAAGCAGCACCCAAUAUUGAAGCCUUUUCAAGUGCCAGGGGAGCAGCAUAUACAAUAUUUAAUAUUAUUGAUAAAGUACCGAAAAUAGACAGCUUUUCAACUUCAGGCUUUAAACCUGACAAGGUUACGGGAGACAUCGAAUUCAGGAAUGUGAAAUUUAGCUAUCCCUCCAGACCUGACAUUCAGGUUUUGAAAGGCUUGAAUCUUAAAGUACCUACUGGUAAGACUGUAGCCUUAGUAGGGAGCAGUGGUUGUGGCAAGAGUACAACAGUCCAGCUCAUCCAAAGGUUCUAUGAUCCAGAGGAAGGCUUGAUCACUAUUGAUGGGCAGGACAUUCGCAAUCUAAAUACCAGGUACUUAAGAGAGAUGAUUGGGGUGGUGAGCCAAGAACCCGUUUUGUUUGACACCACGAUUGCUGAGAAUAUCCGUUUCGGCCGGGAAGAUGUCACGAUGGAGGAAAUUGAACGAGCUACCAAGGAAGCAAAUGCCUACCACUUUAUCAUGAAGCUUCCCAACAAAUACGAGACCCUGGUGGGAGAGAGAGGAGCGCAGUUGAGUGGGGGCCAGAAGCAGAGGAUCGCUAUCGCACGGGCGCUGGUUCGCAACCCCAAAAUUCUCCUUCUUGACGAAGCCACCUCUGCGCUGGACACUGAGAGCGAAUCCGUUGUACAGGCAGCUCUGGAUAAGGCUAGGGAAGGCCGGACCACCAUCGUCAUCGCCCACCGCUUGUCAACAAUUCGAAAUGCAGACAGUAUUGUUGGAUUUCAUGAGGGUUUUAUUGUGGAGCGAGGACGCCACAGUGAACUCAUGCAGAGAGAAGGAAUUUACUAUAAACUGGUCACCAUGCAGUCAUUAGAAGCAGAGAAAGACAAAGAGGGUUAUGAAGAAGAUAACUCUAAAGACAUUGAAGAUUCUGCAGUAUACACUGCCACAAAACUAGUGAGAAGGAAAUCAAGUCGCCUUGGCAGCUUUAAGAAAGCACCAGAGAAGGAAGACAAAGCGUACGAGGAAGACGAUGAUGAUAAAGAUGAGGCUGUAAAGGUGCCACCGGUCUCUUUUCUAAAAAUUAUGAAGCUGAACAAGUCGGAGUGGCCAUACUUUGUGGUUGGUGUCAUUAGCGCAAUUAUCAACGGUGCCACACAGCCAGCGUUUGCCAUUAUAUUCUCCAGGAUUAUCGGGCUGUUUGCAGGCCCGGUCGAGGAGAUGGAAGCAAAAAGCACCAUGUAUUCUCUGUUAUUUCUGGCAAUCGGAGUUGUCAGUUUUGUGACAUUUUUCCUUCAGGGAUUCACAUUUGGGAAAGCAGGAGAGAUUCUCACAAAGAGACUCAGACUGAUGACCUUCAAGGCAAUGUUAAGACAGGAAAUGGGCUGGUUUGAUGACAAGAAGAACAGUACUGGGGCUUUAACCACACGACUGGCUACUGAUGCAUCACAAGUUCAGGGGGCCACUGGGUCCAGGCUGGCGUUGCUUUCUCAGAACAUUGCAAACUUGGGCACUGCAACUAUAAUAUCUUUUAUUUAUGGAUGGCAAUUAACCCUGCUCCUCUUGGUUAUUGUGCCAGUUGUUGCUAUCUCUUCUCUGCUACAAAUAAAGACAUUUGCCGGGCAUGCACAGAAAGACAAGCAGGAACUAGAAGUGGCUGGAAAAAUUGCCACCGAUGCUGUGGAAAACAUCCGCACUGUUGUCUCUCUAACACGAGAGAGGAAGUUUGAGGCCAUGUAUGAUGAAAAAUUAGUAUUGCCCUACAAGAAUGCCAUUAAAAAAGCGCACAUCCAUGGGCUGACCUUCGGGGUGUCUCAGGCCAUCAUGUACUUCUCCUAUGCGGCGUGUUUCCGCUUCGGUGCGUGGCUGGUAGUAAAUGGACAUAUGACUAUGGAGAAUGUAUUCCUAGUGUUCUCAGCCAUUGUAUUCGGGGCUAUGGCUUUGGGUGAGGCCAGUUCAUUCACUCCAGACUACGCUAAAGCAAAGAUGUCAGCGGCUCAUAUAUUCCACCUGCUGGAGAAGGAGCCCCUCAUAGACAGUUACAGCACCGAUGGACAGAGGCCUCCACAGUGUGAUGGGAACGUCACGUUCCGGGGGGUCCAGUUUAAUUAUCCGUCAAGACCAGAUGUGCAGGUGCUGCAGGGUCUGGACAUCAGUGUGAAGAAAGGGGAAACCCUGGCGCUAGUGGGCAGCAGCGGGUGUGGGAAAAGUACCACUGUCCAACUGCUGGAGAGAUUCUACGACCCACAAAUCGGAGAAGUGAGUGUAGACGGCUGUGAUGUGAGGAGAGUGAACAUCCAGUGGCUCCGAGCCCAGAUGGGCAUCGUGUCCCAGGAGCCCAUAUUGUUUGACUGUAGCAUAGCGGAGAACAUUGCCUAUGGAGAUAACAGCAGGACGGUGCCACAAGAAGAGAUUGAACGAGCAGCCAUAGGUGCCAAUAUCCAGAGCUUCAUUGAAGCCCUCCCAAAUAAAUAUAACACGUCUGUUGGAGAUAAGGGCACCCAACUCUCCGGGGGUCAGAAGCAGCGGAUCGCCAUUGCCCGAGCUCUUGUGCGUCAACCCAAAAUCCUACUUCUGGAUGAAGCCACAUCUGCUCUGGAUACAGAGAGCGAAAAGGUUGUACAAGAAGCGCUGGACAAAGCGCGGGAGGGCCGCACGUGUAUUGUGAUUGCCCACCGCCUGUCCACCAUCCAGAAUGCAGAUAAAAUAGCUGUGAUCCAGAAUGGGAGAGUCGUGGAACAGGGGACACAUCAACAGCUGCUGCAGCAGAAAGGGGUCUAUCACUCGCUGGUCACAAUACAGCUGGGACCCGCAUGAGGUGGAAGCAUGGCCAGACGUUAUACUACCUGACUUAUCAGAGGAUGGGUUACCUUUACUGAUUCAGAUUAUUUAAUUUUGAAUCUAAAGGCCAGUUAUUUGGACAAUAUUUGUGUAUCAGGGACAAUUAGGACCAAAGCAAAGUACAUAUACAGUGUCUAUUCCUCCAACACCUGACAGCAAAAUGCAUCAUUAUGACCAAAGAGAUGUAUCAGCCAUAAGAGUAAAUUGGUUAUGUGAGUGCUUACUUCUCUGGGGCACAUAUGUUGCUCUCUAAUCUGGAUAUUGUUGAUGGCAUCUGAUCUCCUGUAGAGAGAGAGAGAAAGACUCUCCAGCCCUGACUCAGGGGUCUAUUCAUGAAGCAGUGAAAAGUGUGGAGAAGUGAGCCAGUGGAGAAGUGGUCCAUCGCAACCAAUCAGCAUUGAAUUAACAUUUAUAAUUUGCAUACUAUAAAAUUGUACGGAGCAGCUGAUUGGUUGCCAUGGGCAACUUCUCCACUGGCUCACUUCUGCUCACUUUUCGCUGCUUCAUGAAUAGACUCCUUAGAAAGGUGAGACCCGUCCUGUAAUGGUAUACGGUCAGCAUCCCAGCAGUUGUGAUGCCAGAAUAACGACACCACUCAGAAACCCGGUGACAUCUCAAGGGUAAGUAUCUGGGUGCCGGUUAGGGUUAGGCACUAGAGGGGAAUUAGCUCUAGCUGCCACCCCCUUAGUCUUAUCCCUAGCCGCCACUCCCACUGUCUUAGCCCUAACCUUCACCCCAGGUGACUUAGGGUUAGGGUAGAGGACAGGGGAGGUUAAAAUAAUUACCCCGUCCCCUGUCGGCAUUUGAAGUGUUGGGAUGCUGGUGUCGGUCAUGUCACCCCCAGCAUCUCGACUGCCGGCCUUCUAUAUCACACCCCUCCAAAUAAGCCCAAUUUAGGACAUUCUCUAUUUCGGCGUAACAAAGAAAUGGGCUGGUAAAGGUGAACAUUGCGGUAUACAAAGUUAAACUUGUAGUAAUUAAUCUCUUUACAUUUCAGGCUGUAAGUAGUUAUAAUCUAAGUAAUAAGUCUAUAGUACUGUGUUAAGCUCGUUUAACUUACAGGAAAAGAGCAAUACCUUAAAUACACCACUGUCCAGGCCGCUGCGACCGUUAAGCGCGUGUGUGUGUGUGUGUGUGUGUGAAACCCCUAUCAAAUGCGUACACGUUGCGUAAGCACGCCGUCACGCUGUAAGCACAAAGUAGCUAUACAUGCGGCAGAAUACACUUUAUAACCUUUAACAGGAAAGGAAUGCGACACUAAUUGUAUAUGUAAUGUUGAGGACGAACCCAGCAACAAAUAUUUACUCAAAAAGGGGUACAACAGAAAUACAAUCACAUAAGAGAAAAGGCUACAAUCAAUGAUACAUACGUUUGUUCGCCAGCGCCUCCCGUUUCCGGUCCUCAGUCAAUCUGGAUAGAUGACCUUCAGAGAAUGUCUCUGAACGGCCAGGAGGCUUGGCUUUUAUACAAUUGUCCAAAUCAUGAAACAAAGGAAACUGUAAUCUCUUCACCCAUAGGUCAAAGGGCUGGUCAUUUACAGUACAGGAGGGGUCAUAGGUCGGUUUGAAUAGGUGGGUGUUGCCUGGUCCAGGUGCACUUGCAGAUGUUCUCCACUGGGUUCCCGCCGAAUAUCAAGAGUACAGUAAAUACAGUGUAAUAUUAAUAUUCUGUUCCUGUGCAUAUCUAUGCGCAGGAGCGUGCUACAUUCUGCAAACUGCCAUCGGAAUAUUACCCUUGAAAUACUGUACAGCUGGAUACCAAACACCACCUCCUAACCUAAUUCUGUCCCCUCAUAUCCUGUAAAGUCAAAUCCCUCUGUUGUUAUACCUCUGAAGCAAAUGUAACUUGCUGGUGUGGUGCGUGUAGGCUAUGUGUAAAUUAUGUACUAUGUGAAUUAAAUAUGAGAUAUGUCUUUGUGGCUUUUCCAUGCGAAUGCGUUUGCUACCGUAUUUACUCAUACCACGCGCUAAUACGCAGGACUUCGUGAGCCAAUAUACGCAACGUGCAGUUAAAUAACUGCCACACAUUACUAAUAAAACUGAAAAUAUUACAUAUACAUUAUAUACAAAGUUCGGGUGACCGGGGUAGAGUUGUAAGUGGGAAAUGUAUAGCCUAGUGGGAUAGGAAAAGCAUGUAUGUAUGAAUUAAUGUCUGAGGGGCAUGUAUCAUCAUGCCGUAUAUGUUCUAAAUAAGCUUCGACGUAUUGCGAAGUAUACAUUAAAUACUUCUCAUCCUGUAUUAAGGGUGUGUACAUGGGCAAACAAACACUACCGAGCUCUUUCUAGGCAAAGGCCAUUAGUCCUCGCCGUUCCGGCUUCUUAUACCAACAAAUGGGGAGCACAUUUAUUUGAUGAUACAUGGAGGGGAAACGUAUGUGUGUGCCACUAUAUGUGGAUAACAUUUAUCGACUAUGUGUGCUAUUAACUGGAGAUUGCAGAGAUGAAGGUAAGACACAAAAAAAAUAAUACAUCCGGUUGGAUGUUUCUGGGUAGAGGUGAAAACAGAAAUGGUGAAAGAAACAGGCCUUGAAAUUCAUUUGCAAUCCUUAUCAUAACACUGUUUCUACGGAUGGGUCAUAAAUCAAAUCUGCCGCUGUUACAACGCCCUCGCUCCUUAGACUAGAAUAUCAAACCAAUAAUUAUGACGACACCCAGGAUACAAAGGAGAAACUUUCCUACACUCGCAAUUACAUUUUGCGUCCACUCUCCUAACCCAGAGAACCAUUUGAGUGGUUUCAAGCAUGAGGCCCAGCCGGUCAGUUAAUUACCCACAGCCGUCAAGGUAAGGUUGUGUUUCCUUCUGAACUCCCACUUUAACUGCAAGAUCUCGUCCAUCUUUUGGUCGAUGAUCUCCGUUGGGUCUUCAGUGCUAUUUGUAAUAUACGUACAGCACUUCACGCCAUAUUGAGUUGCCAGAGUAACACAGUACCCACCUGUCACAGACGUGACAUAAUUCAGGACCAUCCUGUGCUGGACCAGCUCCUUCUUGUAGGCUUGUAGCUCCCUACCCGUAUACCUGAAGGUGUCAUCAUACAUCUCGGUGAUAUUCUCUAUCAAGUUCGCUAGCGCAUGGAUGUACCUAUAAUUUAUAGUUCCUCUGGCAGUACGGGUGAUAUCUAAUGCGAGAAGGAACUGAAUCCCGGUGGAUUCAUGGAUCAAAUCAGAGGCUGCGUGCUCUGUCCUAUCUAUGAGGUGUCUCCUGAUUAUGUGUUCAUAAUGUGUAUGAGUAUUAGUGAUGAGCGAGGUUCGGUUUUACUCGGUUUUACUCGGUUCUCAAAACGGCAUCUUAUUGGCUAUCCAAAA